AUGGAGAAAUACGAGGUUCAGGAAACACUUGCAAGCGGAUCCACGGCAAAGAUUAAGAAGGUGGUAACCACUGGAGACAAGGAGUAUGCGAUAAAGCUGAUGAGAAAGGAGAGCGUGCCUCUGAAAGUGUUUUUGAGAGAAGUGAAGAUACACAAGUCUCUGAAGCAUCCAAAUAUAGUCGAGAUUGUUGAUUCAUAUGAAGACAGGGAGAGAUAUUGCAUUGUAAUGAGGCUGGGCUAUGGAGAGGUGGGCAGUAUGAUUCAGUCUGGUGUGGGGUUAGACCCGCUUUUGGCAAAUGUUUAUUUCAGACAGUUAGUUUCUGCAGUGAGAUACCUGCACUCAAAGGGAAUAUGCCACCGGGACAUAAAGCCGGAAAACAUGCUUAUUGAUGCGAAUGGAAACCUUCUGUUGUCAGAUUUUGGGUUUUCAACCUUGUUUCUCCGCAAGGGAAAGAAAAGAAGGCUUCGAUUGCUUGCAGGGAGUCCUGAAUACAUGGCGCCUGAAGUCUUUGAGGGCGACUACGAUGGAAGCCUUGCAGAUAUAUGGUCUUGCGGAAUAAGCCUCAUUGCAUUUUUGACGGGCACGCUUCCAUGGGGUGCAGCAGAAAAGUCUGAUGAGCAGUUCUCCUCCUUUAUAUCGAAGAGGGACCAUAGUCAGGCACCCUUCGAUAGAAUAAGAGGACAGGUGAUGAGGCUUAUAAUGAAAAUUCUGGUUAGGAAAGAAGAUCGUUUGUCUGCAUCGAUGAUUAUGGAGGAUCCAUGGGUUGUGCAGCCCAACAGGCUUCUCAAUGAGUCGGGGCUUUGUAAAGAUGCCCACGGGAUAUUUGAGCUGAUUCCGUGCAAAAGUAAGACUGCACUCCACUUCACUCAGCCUGGUGAGAUGCACAAGACACCAAAAGCAUGCUUUAUUUCUUCGCAGCCAGAAAGAGUUAGAGGAGGAAACGUCCAUAGGCUAUAUGCUAAGAAGGUGCAUGGCAGGUGUGUUGUGAAGGAGAUAUGCGAGGUUCUCGACUCGAUGGUGGUUUCCCACAGGGACGCCGGGGAGUCUGUCGUGUUUUCUACAAUUGAUUCCAAAAGAUCAGCGCUUUCUGGAGAAAUUGGUGUCAGGAGGCUAGAUGGAGAUUACUGUGUAACUGUCCGCAGGACGAGGGGAGAUGCCCGAGAAUUCGAGAAGUUUGUAAAAGUGUUUGAGGGCCUGAUUGGAUACAGUAGCAGGAUGCACCUAAAUAGAAUUACAUAA